AUGUCUUUUGACAACGCUGAAUCAACAAUCUAUACAUUUAAUUCUCAACACUCAUCUUUCACAUCAGCAAGUAAAGCAAUGCAACAACCAGAUAUAUUUUUUAACGAAAAUCCUCGAUGCAACUCAGUCGAAAGAAUCAAUAGGAAAAGUCGGAUUUGGAAUUAUUUCACAAGACUAAAUAUUUCGUCCGAUGGAAAAACUCGUAAAAUAAAAUGCAAACUCCCUGGAUGUGGUAAAGAGUUUAUUUAUGGGAACUCACCUUCAACGUUAAGAUACCAUUUGAGACAUCACCAUAAUAUUGUCGUAAAUUCAAAUCAAAUCAAACUAGCUCAAGGUCAUACAACAAGUCACAAGAGAUCUAAAAAAAAUACAUCUUCAGUUACUGAAGAUUUGGAUUUUUAUCGAUUCAUCGAGUUAGAAAAGUUUCGAUAUCAUACAUCAGGAGUGAUCGAUUCACAAACAACGUACUUUUAUAAUCAACUUUGUCCUAUAUUAAAAAAUCUACUUCGAGAUGUUAAAUCUGUGUCAUUGGCAAUUGAGUCUUUUAAAAUUGAAAGCUAUGAGCAUGUGAGGAUAACUUGCCAUUGGCUUUCUGAUGAUUUUCAACUACAUAAAAUUCUUUUAGAUAUUAUUCCAAUUCCAAAAUUUUUUGAUAUUGAUGAGAUUUUCAAAAGCAUUAAAGGAUUUUGGGAUGCAUGGGAGCUAAACGAUAAAGUUAUAUCGACAACCAUGGGACAGGAUUUGGAUUAUCGGGUGAUUUGUGCAAUUGAUAGAUUUAAAGAUAUUGCGUAUUUAGAUUGUGCUCUUGAUAUUGGAUCUGUUUCAAUAAAUAUUACAAAACCAGUAUCCGUUUUUUGCGAAGACCUUUAUUAUGACUUUUCUGAGGAGGGAAUUGAAGAAGAAGUGAAUCAUAUUAUAGAAGAAGUAAAGAAAAUUUGUAAUGAUGCAAAAAAUUCCGAGGAAUUGAUUAUUUAUCUAGUGAGACAUGAACACGAAUUUCUUAAAGAAGCACUUCAAGGCAGAAAUUGGAUAAGUAGUUUAAUGCCAGACACUAAAAUAAUCAAAUAUUUCGACAAUCUGAGCCCAUAUUCUAAAAUACUGAAAAACGCUAUGCAAAAUCUUGAUGAUGCUAAGUAUACGCUCUAUACCUUGAAAAUCGAAUUCUCAAGUUUAAGACAACAUAUACAGGAAUAUGAACAAAAAUUUGAAGAGCAUCUUAAACAAAAACCACCUUUCUUGGUUGAGAUUUUUACUGUAUACUUUAUUAAAGAAAUCGAAUUUAUAUUAAGUGAAAUCUUUGGUCAUAUACAUUACAAAAUCGCAUUUUUCGAUCCGCAUACAAAAAAAGCGUUAGAAGAUGAAGAUGAAAUGGAUGGUGUCUAUUUAGAAAUUGAUUCAGAAUAUUUAGACUUGUGUGAAAAAACACAAAACACACCAACUAAUAUUGAUGAAUUUGACAGAUAUGUUACGUUAACGCUAAAUAAUCCGAAUGAACGCAUUGACCCUAUCGAGUGGUGGCGUCGACAUAAGAAUGAAUUACCAGUGAUGGCCAAACUUGCACAAAAAUAUUUGUCCAUUCCCGUCACAUGCCAUUCGUUUAAUGAAUGCAAUAAAAAAAUGGGUGCCAGUCUAAAAUCCAUAAUAGAUAACUCGUCAAAUUUUGAAAUGGCCAAAAGAUAUGAAUUUUUGAAGCAAAACAUUAAUUACUUGUGUUAA